GCAGUCGCAGCGUCAAUCGCAUUCGCCGUUCGCGACUCGCGUUCAGAUUCGGUCGAUGCGUGAUUGCGUGCGGUUUGUGCAGUGUCUUGUCUUGUGUAGUAGCUUUCUCUGGCUUCGCCCGCCUUUUCCUCCGUGUCGAAGAGAGUCGAGAGAAAAGGAGAACGAUUCGACAAAAUUGCAUGCGCGCGUGGAGCGAAGACGAAGACGUGUUUUGCGCGAACGAAAUUAAGUGGCUUGUACACCAAAGAGUAAAUAUUGUGAAAGUGCCGUAGAAGGUGAGCUCGCGAGAUGAGUACUCCGGUGAAGAAGGUGCCGAUUCAUCUACAGAGCGCGCAGAACAGAUUGCUAAUUAAAAAUGGCAAGGUUGUGAACGACGAUGGGAUAAUCGACAGCGAUGUCUACAUCGAGGAUGGCAUCAUCAGACAAAUGGGACGUAAUCUCAUUAUUCCGGGUGGCACGAGGACCAUCGAUGCUCGUGGAAGAUACGUAAUGCCCGGUGGUAUAGAUCCGCACACGCAUUUCGAGUUCGAGUUUAUGGGUACCAAAUCGAUAGAUGACUUUUAUCAGGGCACGAAAGCCGCAGUCGCUGGCGGUACCACGAUGAUCAUCGAUUUCGUGGUAUCGCGAAAAGACGAGAGCCUCCUGGAAGCUUACGAGAGAUACAGACAGUCGGCCGAUCAAAAAGUAUGCUGCGAUUAUGCGCUGCACGUCGCCAUCACGUCUUGGAGUCCGAAGGUCAAAGAGGACAUGGCGAUUUUGGCGAAAGACCACGGCGUCGGUAGCUUCAAAAUGUUCAUGGCGUACCCUGACAUGUUUAUGCUUAGAGAUCCGGAGCUGAUCGAGACUUUCAAGGCGUGCAAGGAGAUCGGUGCCGUUGCUAUGGUGCAUGCAGAGAACGGUGAUCUUAUCGUGGAGAAUACGAAGAAAUUACUGGCCGCAGGAGUAACCGGUCCGGAGGGCCACGAGAUGUCACGUCCCGAAGAGGUCGAAGCGGAAGCUGUGAAUAGAGCGUGCGUUAUCGCGAAUCAGGUGAACAGUCCGUUGUACAUAACGGCGAUUUCAAGCAAGUCGGCUGCCGAUGUCGUGUCGGCGAAGCGGUCGGACGGUAUCAUCGUUUUCGGGGAAACCUUGGCGAGCACCAUCGGUAUCGAUGGUAGCGAGCAAUACGGCAAAGACAUGGAGAGAGCAAGGCGUUUUAUUACUAACCCGCCGUUGCGGCCUGAUCCAACGACACCUGCCUAUCUAACCGAACACCUGGCCCAAGAUAAUCUUCAAGUUAUCGGCAGUGACAAUUGCACGUUCAAUGCCGAGCAAAAGGCGUUAGGCAAAGACGAUUUUACGAAGAUACCCAACGGUGUAAAUGGUGUGGAGGACAGGAUGUCAGUUCUCUGGGAGAAGGGUGUGCAUGCUGGUAUAAUGGACCCUACGCGAUUCGUUGCAGUCACCAGCACGAACGCCGCCAAAAUCUUCAACCUAUACCCUCGAAAGGGUAUUAUAGCCGUCGGUUCGGACGCCGACAUUGUCGUCUGGGAUCCCAACAGGAAACGCACCAUUUCCGCCCAGACUCACGUCCAGGCUGUUGACUUCAACAUCUUUGAGGGUAUGGAAGUAACUGGCGUACCUGAAUACGUGAUUGUCAGUGGACGCGUAUGUGUGGACGAGUGUGAGCUCAAAGCGGUUCACGGUUUUGGAAAAUACGUAAACGCAGAUCCAUUUGGCAGUUAUGUCUAUGAUAUGAUAAAUGAUAAGGAAAAGAUAUUACGUGGAGUCGCAAGAACUGAAGCAGAAGCGAAGAGACAUGCUGAGGAAGACGCUGCGAUUGCAAAGGCUAGAGAAGCAGCGAGAGCGGCAGCUGCGGCACGAGCCAAUCAAAACGGUUCAUUUUACGACAGUCCAAAGAUAAAAUUGCAAGCCCCCACUUGUGUACCUACUUUACCAGAAUCCGCCGUGGUGACACCAUCCACGAAGGGUCCAAGACUCGAAGGACAAAGAAAUCUACAAGAUUCUACUUUCUCUAUCAGCGAGGAUAUCGAAGAAGCACGAAGGGCAUGUAUUCGCGUAAAUAAUCCACCGGGCGGGCGCAGUGCAGGAGGCUUUUGGUAAUUUUUACAAAAAGAAAGAGCAUUAAUCUUUGUGUAUAAGGAUCACUUAAUGCGAAAACUAAAUAGGACUUCACCUCUCUUCUCUUUUCCUUCUACCUUUAUCAUACUCGUUUUAUCUGGUUUAACACACAUAGAUACACACACUUUCUCAUUUCAAGGAGUAUCAACCUGCUUUCACAGGUUUGCUACUCACUAAAUAUUACACUAAUAUCAUUUUCGCAUUGUAAUCCUGUCGACCAAGGUCUCUUCCAUCGAAGGAGGAUACGGAAGUCAUUGGCCAAUAGGUUGUACAUUCGUAUAUUCAUAUUCGUUCAACUUUCGCUUCAUUAUCGCUUCAUUGGCGUACUGAAUCAUUUAUUUUGACUUAUUCCCGAUUUCUAUAUUUAGAAAUUUUCUUUAAUUUUUUUGACAACGUUAUAUUAAUAAAUUUUCUUUAAAAUCUCUUCCGUUAUUUUUCCUUCAAGAUUUAUUUAUUGUUGCACACAUAAAAGUAUACGUAUAUGAUUUGUAUUAUGUCAUAGAGCACAAGAUAUGUAUUUAACAUCUAAGCAAAAUACUAUAUUGGACGAAAUGUUUUUGAAACAAAGACUUAUAAUUUAUAAAAAAGAUAAUUAUUUUAUAUGUGAUUUUAUAUAUAUAUAUAAUAUAUAUAAUGUAUUUUGUAAAAUUUAUUUCCAUGCAAUCGGCAAUUAUAAUUAUUAUGAACAAAUUCUGAUGAUUCCAAGAUAAAGCUUAGAACAAAUUCUUUGUUAUCUAUUAUUAAUUUUGGUACUGAAUAAAAUAAUUUUUUUCUUUA